AUGGAGAAUAACGGAAAUGAUUUCCCAGACUUCCCUUCUCCCUCUUCAAUCCGUUUCAAUCUCUGGAGCCCGAAAGACAACAUCUGGCUCUCCCUCCUACGGGAGCUGUGGCAUCGAUGCAAUGUCCGUAGAGCUUUGGCAGCGGCGUCCAAAGCAGCGACGUCCAAAGCAGCGGCGUCCAAAGCAGCGGCGUGCGGGGACCCACCCCACGACGCCCAGUUGAGCGUAAAUGCCACUAUGAAAUCACACAGGAUGAGUAUCGCUGCUACUCCAUGGUUUAGGUAUGACACAGAUUUUCCCGCCUGUCAUAAUGGCGGAGGUAUGAAGGGUGAACAUCAGCGACGCCGACGAGCCACCGCUGACGUUAGAGAUGACAGUGCCCGUGAAGCUGUCUGUGCCGAUCGUGCAUUAAACGCUUCUCUUGCAGGGGCCAUACGUGAAGCACAACUUCACUGUAGGCAUCCUGAAAGGACAGCGGAGGACAGCGGUAGCGCACGCUCUCCUGAGACAUCCGGCCAACUCACUCUGCCCGUUGUACCGGUGACUCCUGCCGGGCCUUCCGUGACUGGCGACGAGCAUCUCCUUUCUCCCGUUGUGCAGAGCCCACACGCAUGGGAUCGUGGGCAAGCGAUACCUCCUCUCCUUCACUUUGUGUGGUUGGGAGGUCACCGUCCACCCUCAUUCUUUGACGAAGUUCAGCAAUCCUGGGCUGUGCACAACCCGGACCUGAUACAGGCUCUGUGGACAGAUGCGCACGUCGAGUCACUUCUUGACGUACUAGACCGGAAAGUGCGUUCAUGGAUGGGGGCAACGAGAGAGGCAAGCCGUCAGGGGCUUUCGGGAGACAGACCGGAAACCGAUGCCAGCGAGACGAUUGAAUGGGAAAGGACAGAUGGCUUUUCUUACAUGCAGACGCUGGCCCACGGGAUUAAGACCUUUCGGAAGGAGUCAUGCCUGGCGGCAAGGUCGGAUAUUGCCAGGCUGCUGAUUUUGUGUCACUACGGAGGGCAUGCGCUGAUACGAUUCAUUCUCCGGCAUGUCGGACGGCCUUUUUCCAAGUGGGGAACGCACGAUGUGGAUCAAACGGCUGUGGCGUUAGAGAUCAUCAAGUUGCAAGUUGCGAGAUUUUCUCCCGAGGCAAGCGACCUCCUCGCCUCACUCCCAGGUCCGGAUGAUGAAGCAGACAACGCCAUUGAGCGAACAGGUCCGGGGCUGUUGACUCGGGCCACGCUUCUGUGGUUACGCGAUCAACUGAAUUCUUCGUCAUGUUCUCGAUGUCGACAGCAAGAGAGGUGCUCACAUAAUUAUGAGCAUAAAAACAAUGUUAUCAGAGCCGCUUCAGGGCAAGCCGAAGUAGUUGGGAUCGAAACAGGAUCUAAAGAAGAUGACUCGGAACCGGACGAUGCCAAUUGGGCAUGCUGCGCACUCGCAACGACAUGCAUUUUCCCACCAAUUUUCUUUUACCCGGUGCCCAACCAUAGAAGGAAAGACCUUCUCGAAGGCAAGGUGCAGGCGGAACUCUUGGAUUCGUCGUUUUCAUACACAGUCCAUCACUGGAGACAGACAUGGCAAGUCUCACGUCCUCGGGGAAGUGAGACACGAUGCUGA